GCCCCUGAUUGGCUUGCGUUGUUUUUUUUUCCCCCAGUUCCCCGUCGCGUGCCGUUGCUGCACGAAGAAGAAGGAGCUGCUGGUGGCUGUUGUUCUUCUUCUGCACUCGCUCCUGUCAUGGCGGCUCGGGGGCUGCUCCUGGCGGCUGCCCUGCUGGGACUUUUGCAGGCAUCUUCAACAUUUGAAGUAAAGGAUAAGAGCGGAAAAAUAUGCAUCCUAGCCAACUUUUCUGUGCAGUUCACAGUAGAGUACAACACAAAAACAAAAACUGAGAGCAAGUCCUUUCUGCUUCCAGUUAAUGCUCAUGUAAUUAAAGAGGCCAGCAGCUGUAGUAAAGAGAAAGAAACUUCACAAGUACUUGUAGUUGGAUUUGGUGCUGGGCAUUCCUUACAUUUGAUGUUUGAAAAGAAUGCCGAUUCCUACAUGAUCAGUAAUUUGACGUUCAGCUAUAACUUGUCAGAUACCAGCCUUUUUCCUGAUUCCUCUGGAGGACAAAGAGAAGCAUCCAAGGCUGCUGGUAUUCAAGCAGAGUUAAAUACAACGUAUAGAUGUCAUAACAUCCAUAGAAUAAACAUGCAAAAUGUGACAGUACUUUUCAGUAAUGUUACCCUUGAAGCAUACCUUCCAAAUAACACCUUCAGUAAAAACGAUAGCACAUGUGCUGAAGAUAACCCUACUACUGUUGCUCCCCCAGUCACAACCCACAUACCUACAACUAGCAGUCUGGCACCACCCACAACCACACCCACGACAAACCCAGACAUUGGACGAUACAAUGUAUCUGGAUCUCAGGGGAUUUGUUUGCUUGCUACUAUGGGUCUGCAAGUUAGUAUCACCUACAGUACAAAAAAUAAGACUGUUAAAUCAGAGGUGCUGAAUCUUCCACCAAAUACAACUCACUCUGGAACCUGUGACAAUUCCACAGUUACUCUAAACCUGACUUCUGGUAGCACCAGCCUUAGUUUCCAGUUUAUGCAGAAUGUAAGUGCUGAGAAGUACUUUCUGCAAGGCAUUGUUGUGACUGCAAAUCUGCCUCUGGGUGCUACAGAAAAAAAUAUUAAUGCUUUCAACCAUAGCCUGAAUGCCCUAAAAGCUACAGUUGGGAAAUCUUACAAGUGUGUUGCAGAAGAGAGUAUCUGGAUCUCAGCCAAUGCUUCAGUCAACAUAUACAAUAUUCAACUCCAGGUUUUCAAGAUUUCAGGAGACAAGUUUGGAGCAGUGGAAGAAUGUCAGCUGGAUGAAAAUAAUAUGUUGAUCCCCAUCAUAGUUGGUGCAGCACUUGCUGGACUGGUUCUCAUUGUGUUGAUUGCAUAUUUAAUUGGUAGAAAACGUAGCCAUGCUGGUUAUCAAACAAUUUAAUGAUUUGCACUUAAACCAGUGUGGAAGAACAGCAGUUGCAAGAAGCAGAUCCAUUCAUAUUCCCCAUCCCCAUCUUCCCCUCAAGUAGAUUGACAUGAGGGAGCACAAUCUUUUUCCUUACCAACUGUUUCUUGCAGUGUCUGUUUUACUAAAUGUGAAAUCCAUCUCGUGGCAUUUAACUAUGCACAAAGGAUAACUUCUAUAAUUCUGUUUAAUUUGCUCAUGGGUUUAAGUAUUUACCCACCUAGAAACAGGCUGAAGUUUUAAGAAUGCUUUUCUGAAUUGGCAUGGUUUUUUAAUGUCAAAUACUUCAAAUGGGUGUGAUAGAGUAAUUCACAUUCAUUCACUUUAAUUGUAUCUAACAAAGGGAAACUUCCACUUCUGGAACUACCAAUCUGUGCUGAAAUUAAUUACUGCACUUAACGCAGCUAAAAUGUAAUGACUGACCAAUCAAAUGCCAUUAUUCCCACUUUGUUUCUACUUAGGUAUGUAUCAUUAAGCUUUAAAUGCUAAACCUAGUAUAUGCAAGGUGUGAAGAUGCAGUUUGGCCAACUCUUAAGAUAUUUUUGGUCUGUCAAUUUGGUAGGAGCUGGCCCUUUUUUACAUGAAAAUGGGUGUUACUUUAUUUUUUGUAAAGUGAAUUUCAGUCUCUUCAUCUGUUGAAAAUUCAAAGGCGAUCCUAUUUCUGCACAUGUGUACAAUAGACUUCAAUCUGCUAAUUCUUGCUUUGACUUUGGCUGGGACUGUACACUGCAAGGAUCAGUUAUGGAUGCAUUGCCUGUAACAGUGCUAAUAAAGAAUUUUCUGUA